UUUGUUAAAUAAAAGAGUUUCCAUCGAUUCCUUGUUAAAGUUUGCUUGCUAAAAUAAUAGUAGAAUGGGAGAACAUAGUAAACACACGAAGAGAAUUAAGGUUAAAAUCACAAAUACAGAAAUAUCAAAUUCCUUUAUCAAAAUCAAGGCACAGAAUGCCAUCAGUGAUGAAUACUUUGCUUUAAUGGAUUUAAAAUCGAUAUACAAGUCAGCUGAUGAUAUAACAAACGAGGAUAUAAAGUUAAGUGAUCAAAUUUAUAUUUCACGACUGGAUCUUGAUAAUUAUGCUAGAUGUCGAGUCGCGGAAAUGAAUGAUUACAAUUCUAUAGCUACUAUUGAGCUAAUUGACUCGUGUUGUAAGAUUAAGAUCAAUUAUAAUCAAUUGAGAAUAUUACCGAAAUCAUCCAGUCUUUACAAGAUCCCGUCCAUAAGUAAAGAAUACAUCAUAGCUGAGCUGAUUGUAUCAAAAGAGUAUGAUGAUUAUCGUCAAAAGUUUGUAAAGUUCCACGAAUUAAUUGUCAACAAGUAUUUAGAGAUGGAAAUAUUGAAUGAAAACCGAGCUGGAAAGUAUGUCCAAUUGUAUUCAUUUGAUGCAUCUAUUGUUCAUGAUUUAAUCCCAAAUCAUCCGACUUUAAAGACAAUUUUAAAGAGAAUUCAUCUGCCUGAACAAAUGAGUUUAUUGCUAGAGCAGUUUAACAAUGAUUCAUGCCAAGCAAGUCCAGAAAUAGCACUAAAACCAUCAAAUUCCAGUGACAUGUUAAGCUUCUCGUCACUUGAUCAAUUUCCAAUCAAUGAAACGCAUGAAGUUAGAAUCAGUUCUUAUGUUAAUGGUCCAAAACUAUUUUACGUACAAUCAACGAAAGCGUUUCAAAAGUAUCAAGAAUUUCACAUUAAUCUGCAGAAAAUUGACCUUCAUCCUUUAAGAAGUCGUCCAAAAGUAUCUGAUAUAUGUCUAGCAUUUCUGGAUUCAAAUAAUGUUCAAAGAGUUGAAAUAAUGGAGACUAAUGGCAAUAUAUUUAUAGUUCGAUUGAUUGAUCACGGGAUUGAACAGGUUGUUAAAUUUAAGGAUUUGCAUGUUAUGCCUGACAAUAUAUUAUCACAGAAGCCCUUCGCAUGGAAAUUUGCUCUACACGGCAUCGAUAAAUUAAACAAUUUAAAUAAAAGUGAAAUAGCCUUUUAUUUCCAAUUCAUAACAAAUAACAAACGGCUGUUGUUGAUCACUACUUCUGGAAGUGCUGACACAACCACAAAAUGUUCACUUUUUGAUGGCUCUAAUGACAUUCUAGAGAUGUUAAAUGCUUGGGAUCCACACACACUUCGUUAUCCAAAACAAAUUACAUUAACCAACAGCCAUAAAAUCAAAAUUGUUUUUGCUGAAUCCCCUAAAUUGUUUUAUGUCAAUAUUUGUGAAGCAUUAAAUACUCACUCAGCACUUUUUGAGGAAUUUUCAAAUUUCAAUGGCUGUAAUUAUCGAAUGCUAGCAGCUAAUUCUGCUUGUUAUGUGACAGUGAAUAACAAAAAGUGGCGAGGAUGCUUUGAAAAGAGAACAUCGUCAUCGAUUUGUCAGAUAAAAUUGGUCGAUAUUGGAAUUACUGAAGACUUUUCAUCCAAGGAAAUUAAAGUUAUGGUCGACAAGUUUACGAAUGUUCCACCGCUAGCCUAUAAAUGCUGUCUUUUCGAGUACAAAAAUGAGAAUUUUGAUAAGAAAGUUUUAAAAACUUUUAUAAUGAAAUGCAAGCAGUAUCAAACAUUUAACAUGAAUAUUAUCGAUUAUGAUGGAGAGAUUUACUAUGUAGCUUUAGAAAACGACUCAGAACAGAAUAUUAGCGAUGAGUUAUUGUCCAGUACAAUUCAAUCAGACAGUAUAACCCAAUCAAAAGAAGCAAUAGUUGACCAAAAUAAUAAAUCAACUGCUCACAGUGAAAAUCAACCUCAAACGUCUUCAGAGUCUUAUGAAAGUAGCCCAAAACAGCAACAAUCAACUCCAUCAACGACUUACGAGGAUUGGACAUACGAUGAGCGCAAAGAGUAUGGCGAAAAUAGUUUAUGGGAAGAUUCAAGUCAUGAAAAUAGUUUACAGGAUUUUGAUUGUAAUGGAAUAAUCACUUCCAUUAUAUCACCAAAUGAUUUUACAAUUCAAUGCUCAAAAAAAAUACCAGAAGUCAAGCAAAUGUUGUCUGAGUUACAAGUUGCAGCACCAACUGAAUGUCUAUUAACAGAAUUUGUAAAUACAACUUUUUGUAUAGCUAUGAAUCCAUUCUCAAUGGAAUGGUGUCGUUCGAUUAUAAUUGAUGCAGAUAUAACUGAUGAAAAUACAUUUGUCAUUGUGAGGGAUGUCGAUAAUGGUCAGAUAUUCUCUGUUGAAAAUUUAAAUGAGCUUAAAAGAGCAUCUUUUCUUUUCAUGAUUAAGCCUCAUUAUGGGAUUCGUUGUGGACUGCCAAUAACGAUUAAACGUAAUAUAGAUGAUGAAGCGAUGCGACUGUUUGUUGAAAUGUGCAGCAAUAAGGAAAUUCGAUAUAAAAUUAUAGCAAUGAAUGAGUUUAUCAGCGUUUGUGACAUUUUAGUGAAUGAAAAAAGUAUAACAGAUACCUUAGUGGAACUAGAUGUAGCUAUUAAAUUAAAAUAUCUUCCUAAUGAUAUAGUUUAUGUGCCAUUUAUUAAGAAUUUGACUGAAUUUUAUGUCCAUCUUGAAAGAGAGACACAGCUUGUUAAAAAUAUUAAUCAUUAUGCACAAAAAUAUGAGCAAAUCCCUUUAAAGGCACCAGUUGAAGGGAUGACAGUGAUGGCAAAAAGUACGAAAUUUAAAAGAUGGUAUCGAGGAAAAGUCUUGUCAAUUGAUGUAGAGAAAGUGAAAGUUAAAUACAUGGAUUUUGGUGAUUCUGAGAUGUUGACAAAAGCUGAUUUAGGAAUGAUGGAUGAACACUGUUUUUUAAAGCAACUUCCGUUAGCUCAUCGAUGCUCAUUUAAUUUACAAUCUGAUCUCAAUCCAGACUCUUCGAAGGCAGUCGAGGAAUUUAAGAAAAUUGUUGACAAUGGAUUUAAUAAAUUAUAUUUGAGAAUGAUUGAGCCAAAAUUAAAUAGGUCAGUCGUUGCGCUUCAUCUAGAAGAUGAAACAAAUAUUUUACAAGAACUUAUUAAGUUGUGUGAUAAAUUAGAUAAUAAGGAUGAAAGUAUAUCGUUUGAUAGUAAAAUAAGUAAUAGUACAGCAAGUUCUGAAAGUUUCUAGCACAUUUUCUCAACCGUUAAAUAAAAUUUAAAUUGCUUUCCAAAAA